CCGGGGGAGGAGGGAGGGAGAGAAGUGGGGGGAGAGAGGAGGGAGAUUUUCCAUGAAGCUCUUUCUAUCUGCCCUUGAGCGUACAGGGCAAACCCGAUCUGAUAAAGUAAGGGGAGAGGAGGAAGGGUUGGUGAUAGCCCUCGUUAAAAGUCAGCAUCUUUACUUUACUCUUCAGCGCUGGAAUUUGCUUUUUGUUAUCAUUCCUAGAUCUAGGACAACGUCCUAUCGUACCGUACCGCCAUCCUCAGUGUUAUUAAAAAGUACCGAGCAGAAGAGAAAACAAACAGGGAGAGCGCAUCCAGUGCAAGGGAACAGAGUAAUAUUCAACCCAAGAGUGGGUGCGUCGAUGAGGUUGCGGUAAGGCAGGGAAAUUGUAAAGGGAUGCACAUAUGAAGGAAUACAAUACGUGUCGCCCUGACCGAACAAUCGAUUGCACGAAAUUCCGGAGGUGAUGUCAUGACAUAAAGUACGUUUUUGCCCAUGGAUCUACCUGGAAAAGUUUGUCUCACGAAGAACUGCAUCGGGCACCUAUCUUUACCAACUUCUUGAAAAAGGACAAUUGAAGCUUUUAUGCCAGCAUUCUGUAAGAAUGUGCGUUUCAUCUAGCACAGUGUUGCCACAGCUAUGGGUACAGUAGAUGUCACAAAGUGCAGAAUCAACUUUAACCAAAACACAUAUCUUUGUUUCUAGCAAUGCACAGCCGAGAUCGCAGAAAAUAUUCACAUUAAAUUAAUAUUUUAUUGUUAAUGAAGUAUAUACAAUGUAUUGAAUGUGAUAUAAUUUGUAACUCAGAACUUUCUCUGGUUAUACUCGUUGGCACAUACAAAUUUCUUAACACCAUCGAAACUUUAUUGUUUACUGAUAUACAGAAGGACAGCGCAAUUGCGACGCUCAGUCGUAAUGAAUUAAUAUUACGUUUCAACAUGAUUAUCAAUCGUUUCCAUGCUGAUCUUCUCAACGUGCGCUGACCUUGCGGUGGCACUCUUCGUCCUGCUCCGGACUCUCGGUCUUGGACCAUGCGCGUGGCGACAGCGACUGUCAUGCUCCUACAAGUCGCGUUGUUUUUGCAAUGCAUUGGUUUGACUCUGGGUCAGUACGACAUAUGCAAGUCCUUGGUUAGCACGGACGAUGGCCCGAUAUGGGAGUAUUACGCCUGUCAGCCCAAGUCCGCCCCCAUGAAGGACUACAUGCGAAUCAGGGUGGACCCGCCGGGCAUUACCUGUGGAGACCCUCCAGAGAGGUUCUGUACCCUGGAGAACCCAUACCUGUGCAGCGACGAGUGCGACGCCUCAAACCCAGACCUGGCACACCCUCCCCAGCUGAUGCAGGACACGGAGCGGAGCGGGCUGAUCACCUAUUGGCAGACAGUGACGUGGAGCCGCUACCCGGAACCCCUGCUGGCCAACAUCUCCCUGGCCUGGAACAAGAGCCUGGAGCUGACGGAUGACAUCAGCAUCACCUUCGAGUAUGGCCGUCCCACCAUCAUGGUGCUGGACAAGUCGCUGGACUAUGGCCGCACGUGGCAGCCCUACCAGUUCUACGCUGACGAUUGCAUGGACGCCUUCGGCAUGGCGCCCAAGAGGGUGCAGGACCUGUCAGCCACCAAUGUCACGCGGGUUAUCUGCACUGAGCAGUACUCACGCUGGGUGGGCUCCAAGAAUGAGAAGAGCGUGCGCUUUGAGGUGCGGGCGCGCUUCGCCAUAUUCGCUGGGCCCCGCCUGCUCAACAUGGACAACCUGUACACGCGCAUGGAGAGCAUGAAGGGCCUGCGAGACUUCUUCACCUUCACCAACCUGAGGCUGCGCCUGCUCCGCCCCGCCCUAGGCGGCACCUAUGUCCAGAGGGAGAACCUCAAGAAGUACUUCUAUGCCAUCUCCAACAUUGAGGUCCGCGCCAGGUGUAAGUGCAACCUCCACGCAGGACAGUGCACCUUUGUGGACGGGAACCUGCAGUGUGAGUGCGAGCACAACACCACGGGCCAGGACUGCGGCCGCUGCAAGAGGGGCUUCCGUGCAAAGUCAUGGAGGCCCGGCUCCUACCUACCAACGCCCAAUGGAUCACCCAAUACUUGUGCAGCUGCUGGCUCCACGCUUGGCAACUGCGAGUGCUACGGCCACUCGAACCGCUGCAGUUACAUCGACUUCCUCAACAUUGUGACCUGCGUCAGCUGCAAGCACAACACAAGGGGGCAGAACUGCCAGCACUGCCGCCUCGGCUACUUCCGAAAUGCCUCCGCCGAGCUGGACGAUGAGAGCGUGUGCAUAGAGUGCAACUGCAACCAGAUUGGCUCGGUCCACGACCGCUGCAAUGAGACGGGCUACUGUCAGUGUAAGGAUGGGUCCACUGGGCCCAAGUGUGAAGACUGUCUCCCUGGAUACUACUGGAAGCAAGGUUGUUUCCCCAAUGUCUGCGACGACGAGCUCCUGCUGUGCCAGAACGGCGGCACCUGCAACCAGAACCAGAAGUGCAUGUGCACUCCAGAGUUCAAGGGGGUCCUGUGCGAGCAGCCCCGCUGCGAGGGCGAGGACUGCGAUGCCGCCUGCGCCUCCUACCUCAGCCUCACCACCCUGCUCCUCUGCCUCCUGGCCAAUCAGCUGGCCCAAUUAACUGCUUACUGAGCCUCGCCCAGACCAGCCCGGGAGGGGCAGAGCCACCACAGCAGAGUCCCCACCCCCCAUUGCCCCAGUUUGAAGGUGCCGCUUUUGUUCUCGGGAUGGCCGAGGUGUGUGCAAGACAGAGGCUUCGGGGGAGAUAAGAGCCAGAGGAAUGUCACUGACUGCAACUCCUCUUCCCCAAACACCAGUGCUGAAGAAAUGAAAUACCAAAAAAAAAAAAAACUAUCACUAUGUAAGAAAAGACUAGGGAGGAACUUGUUGAAUAAUUAAAAGACUUUCUUCUUGUUGUAGUUCUGAGUUUACCCUUCCCACCCCCCACCUAAAUACUGCACUAAUCCAUGUUGUUUUCUGAACAGAGAUGGGUUAUGUCGCUGCUGAUGCCUACUUAAAAAUUAAGUCAGAUUUAAUUUUCCUCUUAAGCGAGCAUUGUUUUCACAUUUCCUUCCUUCGGUGCAAUUCCCAUCAUCCAUUGUUUCAUGAAUGCUGACUGACUGAAGUGAGGGUAGAAACAAAAAAAAAAAA